AUGAAGCCUCCCGCACCAGGAACCCUUCAGCAAGUCUACGCCCCCCCCAAAGGAGGGGAAUACAAGUCUAUAUCCUCCUGCGACUCCGAGAAAAGGAAAUACCUUCAAGACCACAAGGCUGUUCAAGAAAGUCUGUUGGAAUUCUCGACCGCCGAUUCAUGGCAUAAGAGCGCAUUAACAGCUUUCGUUCCGCGGCCUAUUCUCGUCUCUUCCGAGCACAAGCGCCGGAUCAACGAGAUCAAUGAUGCUCUGGUCUCUGCUAUAACGGACAUUGUCGAGAGGUGGUGGACAGACAUAGAGGCGAGAUUUCCGGACCGUAUGCCUCUGGAGCCUGCUGAGGAAGACCUUCUUCGUUGGAUCGAUAGCCAAGUUCCCAAUAACCUCCCGCUAUUCCGAGAGUGUCGGGGAUCGUGGAGACCGGACUUCCUGGUAGAAGAAGAUCGCUCUGAGGGCGCCUCUGGCCCUUCGGAGAAUUUUCGAAUCAGUGAAAUAAACGCUCGGUUUUCUUUCAAUGGUUAUAUGUAUGCCGCCUGCGGGCAACAGGCACUAAAGAAGCAAGGGAUCUGUGAAUCAGGCAAUGGCUUGGUCGGGACGACGGAGCCUGCCAAGAUACUGGGCGGCAUUUUGAACCUGUUCAAUCCCGACUUGCCAUUGCACCUGCUCAAAGGGGAGGAGUUUGGCAAUGACAUCCAUAUCGUUGUUGAGUUCCUCAAACUACGAUUUGGAAUCAGCCCUCGCUUUGUGCAACCAUCCGAACUUAGACUUGUACCUGAGCCACGAGGCAAGGGCGGGUACAGACUCUGUUGCGUGGUGGGAGACGCUGCACUCAAGAACAUGGAGAGAUUACAUUCGGUCAACUAUCAUGAUGGAGAAGCUUUGGAAGAAAUCCACCAGGUUGGCCUUGAGCUCCAUCAGAGAGAGAUCCAUGCCCUGAGCACCGAGAUGCUCCACCAAAUUAGCCUCCGAUGCUUCAAUGACAUGCGCACUGUGCUGCUGGUUCAUGACAAGCGGAUGCUCGGAAUCGUCCAACAGGAGCUCGACACCCUAGUGGAAAGGAAUGUGAUUACGCUUGCUCAGGCGGCGAUUCUCGACCAAGGGAUUGCCAGCACAAUCCUACCUGGCUCGUUGGAACUCGGCCAGAUGAUCAGCUCCUGCGAGAGGGACCCUAGCCUCAAGAAUGGGUAUAUCUUGAAACCGAUUCGAAGCGGCAAGGGCGACGGGAUCGUGUUCGGGGAAGACAUUGACUCUGCUGAAUGGUUGUCACGAUUGGAGGGCUUGCGCUCCUCUCAGUUGCUACCUAGUGGUGGCACUUGCGUUGUUCAGCGCAAGGUUAACCAGAUUCGCUACGAUGUGGUCUUGAGCCCAACAGGCGUCAUGAAUAAAUACCCCCUCAUUGGAACGUACCACACAGUUCAUGGUGAGUUCCUGGGAGUUGGAGUGUGGAGAAGCAGUCCACACCGCAUCUGCGCGAUCAGCCAUGGAGGCGCGUGGACUUGUUCUGUGACUGAAGGGAGUUUGUAG